AUGGGUGAAUGGGGCUUCCUCGGCGGGCUCUUUGAUAGCCUCCAGGCCCACUCGCCGAUGCUUGGCCGUUUCUGGCUCUUACUCAUGCUUGUCUUUAGGAUACUGAUCCUGGGAACUGUAGCCAGCGACCUGUUUGAGGAUGAGCAAGAGGAGUUCGCCUGCAACACCCUCCAGCCGGGCUGCAAACAGGUGUGCUACGACAUGGCCUUCCCUAUCUCCCAGUACAGGUUCUGGGUGUUCCACAUCGUCCUGAUCGCCACACCUUCCCUGGUUUUCCUCAUGUAUGUCAUGCAUCACCACAACAAGAGGACCAGCAACUCCAAAUCCAGCCAGGUUAGUGCCCAGGACUACAGAGAAGAUCUCCGGUUAAGGAGGCUUUACGUUGUCAACGUGGCUUUUCGCAUUGUGGCGGAGAUUGGCUUUCUAGUGGGCCAGUGGCUGCUGUAUGGCUUCAAGGUGGAGGCCCAGUUCGUCUGCAGUCGCUUUCCUUGCCCCCACACAGUGGACUGCUUCACCUCCCGCCCUGCAGAAAAAACAGUCUUCCUCUGCUUCUACUUCAUCGUAGGGGUGAUAUCAGCUAUUUCCAGCAUCGCAGAGUUUUUCUACAGCUCCGCAAAGUGGUUCUGCUCAAGCCAGAAGCCCUUCAUCCCGGAACGCUCCUGCGUCUGUCAGAACCUCCACAACAGCAAGAAAGAGGAGGUGGAAGCAGAGGAGAAACCACAAGGAAGGAAGGUGUCAGAGAGCACCAUGAGGCUGAAGGGAGGAUCACUGAGGAGCAGCGCAAGCAGGAAGGGCUACAGCAUCGGCCACAAACACAGGGGCAGCAAAUAUGUGAGCAGCAGGACAUUCAUGGUGUGA